AUGUUGAAGACAACGUCCAAUAUUUUACUCAUACUUGUGAUUGUCUCCCUUCUGUUAGUGACGACUGUUUCAACGGGAGCAACGGUAGUUUCACAACAAGAACUGCCAUCUUCACAACCUACCGUCACUCUUUCAAACGGCGCAACACUGAGAGGUGUAUUCUCCGAGAACAAUCAAGUGAAAGCUUUUCUUGGUGUUAGAUAUGCCAUGGAUACGUCGGGUGCCAAUCGGUGGCAAUUACCUCAACCUUAUCAAUAUCCUGCAAAUUCACUGAACGAUGUGAGGAAUUUUAGCAAAAUAUGCCCUCAGCCAGUUGAAAGUAUCCUCUCCUCCUUUGACAAGCAAAGUGAAGAUUGUCUUUUCCUCAAUGUUUGGUCUCCAGUGAACGCUUCCAUUUCUGGUAAACCACAAAGAGGAAAAUUACCAGUCUUCUUUUGGAUCCAUGGAGGUCAAUUUUUAACAGGUUCAGGGGCUUUCUAUGCAGGUGGUUAUUUGUGUGAUCAAAGUAACAUGAUGGGUCGACCCAUGAUUGUAGUUUCCAUUAAUUAUCGAUUGGGUGCUUUAGGUUUUUAUUCUGACACGUCGUCACAAUUUAAUUUCAUGGGAAAUUAUGGAUUGUGGGAUAUUAUCGAAUCCUUGAAAUGGGUCCGUGCCAACAUUGAAACCUUUGGAGGCGACCCACUUGACAUUACCAUAGCAGGAGAAUCAGCAGGAGGUAUUGCAGUCUCCAUUCUCCUCACAAGUCCUCUGUUCAAAAGUAAUGAACAUCAAGUUGAGCAAGCUCAUAUUGACAAGUAUGGUAGAAUUUCGAAAGCCAUCAUUCAGAGUGGUGUCUUACCAAAUAAUAUUCUUCAGAAAAGCCUCUCAGAAGCUCAGGUUUAUUCCACACUCUUCAAAUCAAGAGUUUCAUGUAGUGAUCCAGCUUGCAUGAGAGCACUUCCUUUCACAACUAUUGUGGAAAAACAAAAUCAGUUACAAAUGGGAGCAGUGGUUGAUGGAAUGAUCAGUACAGAACCUAUUCUUCAAUUAAUUGCCAAAAAUUCUACGCUUCACAAUAUUCCUCUCUUGAUUGGAACCAAUCUAAACGAAACCAAUCUGUUCCUUUGUCGUGUGAGUGGUGCAGACACGAUGAAUAUUUUCCAACUCUUAGCAUUGACAGGCACAGUGUUGAAUUUCAAACUACCCACGGAUAACCUGAUUCAAUUCGCCUCUAAUUUGUAUCGAGUGUAUGGACCUGUAACCAACUACAAGAGCACCUUCGAUUUCUUUAAAAUUUUGACAACUGAUGUCAUGUUUCAAUGUCCUUCCCUGUACUUGGCUCGACUCUCCACUGCCUUUAUUUCAUCACAAAAUACGUUCAAGUAUGUCUUUAAAUAUGUCCAUCCUGCGUUGAAUGAUUGUUAUGGAGCAUCUCACGCAAGUGAAUUGCCCUAUCUAUUCCCUUCAAUUUUGGAUUUUGUGGGUCGAGAUCAUGGAAUGUUUAAAAACGCCAGUGCUGUCGUGACAGCAACCAUGACCCCCACAGAUAUUGCUCUUUCAAAAAUGAUGAUCUAUUACUGGUCCAAUUUUGUCAAGUAUGGCAAUCCGAACGGAAUCAAGAAUGAACAGAAUUCUGAUGCUUCUCGAAAAGAAGAUCCAACCACACAGCACUAUCCAAUAUGGCCCAACUAUGAAUGUUCUGCAGAGUCUCAAUUGGUGAUUGAUACACCAGAGUUAUCAAUUGUGAACAAUCAUACCUUCACGAAUGUAUGUCAAUUUUGGAAUGGAUUACUUGGAUUCUCGACUGUUCAGAAUUGCCCACCUUAA